CAUUAAAACCUAAUGGGAGUACGCAUUCCAAUAUUAUUUCAGUUCGAUGCAAGCCCCGUCUGUACAUGUAUAUAUACUGUAAUCGUGCUUAUAUAGAUUCCCGUGUGCAGCGAAGAGACUUUCACUCGCGUAUCUUGCACGUGAUCGUAUUACCUAUGGCGGUAUUUCCCUCGACGGGUAUAUAAAAAAAAAUCCCAUAAUUUUCGUUACCCACAUUAAAACAAACACAUUCACAUGCAUACGCGCGCGUAAAAUGUCGAUAUUAACAUAGUUUCUACUUGUUUAUUGUUUUUCUUGAGUGUUGUUUAAAUGUUUUUUUUCCUGAUUGCGUGUAUUAAAAAAAAUUGAAAAUUUUUGGUUCUGAAAUGUUCUGUACGAUCGAUGGAUCAGGUGUCGAGGCUUCUUAUUACUAUUUAAAGUGCUCACGUCAGAUUGGAAACAGACACAUUGCGGGAAUGAGUUCAACGUGAUGAAUAUUGUUGUAUUUAGCGCGUUACGUGUUUAAACUCAUAAUUUGAAUACGAGAUUUUUAAAACUCUUUAUUCGAUUCACGGAAUAACAAAAAAACAACGUUUUGUUCUUUCGGUUGAUAAUUGUUUGGAGUGAAAUACAGAAACAGAAGAGAGAGAAAAAAUUGGAAAGUAUGGGUUUUUCCACUACCCUUCAGGGACAAUCGUCUCACGAGGCUCUUCUUGGAAGACAAGAUGCGGAAAUUAAGCUUUUGGAAACUAUGCGAAGGUGCUUGACUACCAAAGUCAAGUCCGACAGGGAAUACGCCUCUGCCAUUUCUUCGCUCACUGUACAAGGGAAAAAAGUUGAACGUUAUGAUGACCUCUUUGGCAGCCUUAUAGCUCAGAGCUGGCGUGACAUCAUGGAAUCAUUGGAACAAAUAGCUAAACUUAUUAAGCAACAGGCAGAUUCAAUGGAGAAUAUUGUUGUAGAACACAUAAGUAGUUUAUAUGCAGAAAAGAGGAGAGCCCGGAAAUUAUAUCAAGAAGAACAAGUCUGGCUAAACACCCAGUUUCAACAGUUGAGUGACGAUGUGGCCAGAAAAAAGACAGAGUACCAAAAGAAUCUCGAGGUGUACAAACUUGCAAGGUCGAGGUUCGAGGAACACUAUGUCAAAUCUGGGAGAGGAGGAAGAAAAUUGGAUGAUGUGAGAGAAAAGUAUCAAAAAGCUUGCAGGAAGUUACAUUUGACUCACAACGAAUACGUGCUUUUACUCGGGGCAGUUGCGGAAUGCGAACAGGAUCUAAGAACUUGUUAUUUGCCAAGUCUUCUUCAUCGGCAACAAGCGAUUCAUCAAGAAUUCAUAGUAGGCUGGAAAGCCAUUCUUCAAGAUACUGUCAAAUAUUCUGAUUUCACUAACGAGAAAUUUCGUGAAAUUCACACCCGAAUGCAGACGGGAGUUGAUUCGAUAAAACCAGUUGAGGAAUAUCGAGACUUUAUCGGAAAACACAGAACUCGUCCAGCGUCGCCGUUGCGUUUCACGUUCGACGACAACCUCGUCGACGACACUUCAGGAAAGUUGUUACCGAACAAAUUGACAGUGGACAAUUUGACGAUAGAUUGGCUUCGGAGUAGAUUGAACGAGCUUGAAACGUCGUUAAAAACGACACAGCUCAGUCGACAAACGUCCCAACAAGCACAGGAAAAUAAUACUGACACAAAGCCACAUAAUUUGGAUUAUUCGCGUGAGAGGGAAGAGCUGAGAUUACGUUGUCAGGAAAAAAAACUUCAGAGACAAGCCGAAGUCAUACGGGGAGCUCUCAAUGAACUCGGUUGUGAAGAACUGCCCUCGGGAUGCGAUCUGUCCAUGGAAGGUUCCUUCACUGAACCACCAGUUACCAUGAAGAGGAAUACAGUACCAGACACGGGUAUCUUCACCCUGAGGAACCAAAGAUUUAUGACUAUAUUAAGAUCUCCCUUUAAAUCUUUGCCAUCUAUAAACGAUGGUAAGAAUGGGGUUAUUAGGGCUAAUAGCGUAGGAUCGACACCAAAGCCGAUUCGCGCUCCCCCGGUAGUUCCUCUUCGAGGCGUCACAAAUUCAAAUAAUGGACCACGUGGUAGCGGAGCUCUCAUCGACGAGGAGUGGUUCCAUGGGGUUUUACCGCGUGAAGAAGUUGUUAGACUAUUGGUAACUGAGGGUGACUUUUUGGUUCGUGAAACAACGAGAAACGACGAGUGUCAAAUCGUUCUUUCGGUCUGUUGGGAUGGACACAAACAUUUUAUCGUACAAACCACACCGGAAGGACAUUACAGAUUUGAAGGCCCCACAUUCCCUUCGAUACCAGAAUUGAUAAUUCACCAAUGGAAAUCUGGUUUACCAGUCACUAGUCGAUCGGGCGCGAUUUUGAAAACCCCUAUUUUGAGAGAAAGAUGGGAACUCAACAACGAUGAUGUUAUUCUUCUAGAUAAAAUAGGACGCGGGAAUUUCGGUGAUGUAUAUAAGGCGCAAUUAAGAUCUUGUAAGACCGAAGUAGCCGUGAAAACUUGCAAAGUGACUUUACCAGAUGAGCAAAAACGAAAAUUUUUGCAAGAGGGUAGGAUUUUGAAGCAAUACGAUCAUCCAAAUAUUGUCAAGCUUAUCGGUAUAUGCGUACAAAAGCAGCCGAUAAUGAUAGUGAUGGAACUGGUUCCCGGUGGAUCGCUGCUGACUUAUUUGAGGAAAAAUUCCAGUACUAUAACGCAGAGGGAACAACUGCGUAUGUGUAAAGACGCCGCAGCUGGAAUGUGUUAUUUGGAAUCAAAAUAUUGUAUUCACAGAGACUUGGCCGCUCGUAAUUGUCUCGUCGGUUACGAAUCGAUCGUUAAAAUUUCAGACUUUGGAAUGUCCCGAGAGGAAGAAGAAUAUAUAGUUUCAGAUGGUAUGAAGCAAAUUCCUAUCAAAUGGACAGCUCCGGAAGCUCUGAAUUUCGGCAAAUAUACGACGCUCUGCGAUGUGUGGAGUUACGGUGUUUUGAUGUGGGAAAUAUUUUCGAAAGGCGGAAAUCCUUAUAGUGGUAUGUCGAACUCGCAGGCACGAGAAAAAAUCGAUGCAGGGUACCGAAUGCCUGCAACGGAAGGAACUCCUGAUGAAAUAUAUCGGUUAAUGUUACGUUGUUGGGAAUACGAACCGGAAAAGCGACCGCAUUUCGAACAGAUAUAUUCCAUAGUCGAAACUCUGUCCCAGGUGUAUUUGUGAAAUUGGACGAGAACUCAUAAUCAAGCGUCGUCGCGUGUUAACGAUGUUUCCCCCGUACAUUCCCAGCAUAAAAUUUCGUCCGAUCAGAAUUUCAGAGCUUAGCAAUUUCGAAGGAAAUGUAUUCACUUUUUCGUAUUUAUGAUUAUAGAUUUUCACAUGUGCCGAAUGAUUGUUAAUAAUCGUUUUAAUAUUACAGUAUUUGAAUUCAAUUCGGUGUUUUUUUUAAUGCGUGUGAUUUUUUUCAUAAUUUUUUGUGCUUUUAGUUGGCCGGCGUUUUUGAGUUAAAAUCAUCCUUGAAAAGUGCUCAAAUUAGUGUCUGGUAUCACGUAUCAACUACAUACAAAGUUCAUAUCACAAAGCUAGCCGAUAUAUCGGUUUUCCCGUCCUCUAGACGUUAACUCUUGAUUAUCCUGUACAAUUUAUAAUGUAUCGCGAAAUUUUAAUAUAUUUUUGGAGAAAGAUCGAUUAUCGAGCAAUAAUACUCUAAAAUUAAGUUGAACGAAUAGUUUUACAAAUGGUGCUUUUAGGAAAAAGUAACAAAGGAAUUUCGAAGAACCGCUUCGGAUUAUAAAAAAAAUCAAUGUACUCAUUCAAACGUUUUUCGUUGAAAUAAUGAGCUAAAAAUAAUUAGGCUUUAUCAUUGAGCGUAAGUUUUCACAACAUUCAAAAAGUCGCUAGAUUUCUAAAUAUUUCAAUCGAAAAUAGCUAAGUGCCAAAAUUUUGAUCGAAUAAAAUAAUCGGCUGGUUAUGUAUGUAUAAUACAUGUCCAUUUUAAAAAAUCUUGUACCAUAAAUCGUUAUUUUCGAGAAAGUGGUCGUUAUUCGGGUUAAGUUAUCUGUAGAAUGUUGUUUUUCUUCUGGGCUUUUAUCCGAUUUCAUUUGACGGAUACAGUAUGCUCGCUGAUUAUUCCUUCUAAAUUUGUUGCAACUGCCGAUUCCAUGUAAGACAUCAAAAUCGAGAUGCAACUGUAAAUUUCGAACGAAAUGCAAACCUAUGCAUUUUCUUUCUUCCUAAAAAUCUGCCUCGUUUAAUGAUUUUUUCGGAAUCAACUUGUAACACAUUUUAAAGUUGUAUUACGAACGAUUGACAUUCGAAAAUUGUUGCGACUAGAUUUCCUUGCGUCUUGAAAAAUGCAUUCGCAAAUUCUUAUGUUUAGUUGUAAAAAAAAAAAAAAAAUACAUAUUUAUCAUUUUCGUUUUAUUGUCGUAUUCGUGCCGUCUUUUUUGUAAUAUUCUCAUGUGAAAUCCUCUCAUUUUGAGCUCCCUCUUUAUACGUUCCUAUUCAAUAUCCAUUUUAGUGCUGAAUUAAUUAACCUAACAGCCAAGCAAAUAUUUUUGGCUGUUGAAACGGUGUAAAAACUCUUUCGAGAUAUUUCAUUCGUUCAAACAUUAUCGUUUUUAAUCGUUUUCCAUUUUCUUCUCUCUUCCAUUCAAUUGCACUUGUCGACUCGAAACUUGUGAUUGUUUUUUCUAUUACAACUUGUAAAUUUACGAAAUAAGAAAUGAGAAAUUGAAAACCCGGAUGACCUACUCGUGGAAAUUGCUCCGAAAUUCGCGACAGAUGUUUUUUCAUUCAAUAUGUUAAUGUUCCGUAAUAAUUGCACGGUGUCGAGUAUGAAAUUCUUUUUAAUUCAAUACAGAUUCGCACACCAUUAUUUUCUUCGUUUUUAUAGUUUUUUUUUUAUCAUUCGUGAAUCGAUAUGAAACGCAUUAAUUUGUUUCUUUGCCGUGUGUUUUGCUUACGGGUUAAAGACGGUCGCACGGUUGCCUAGCAAAUUCCGUUGAACAUGAUACGUACUCCAGAUUUUUGGUUCACACGGGAUUACUCGUACAUAUUUUGUUUCUUUUUUCAUUAUUUUUCAAUCAAACCCAACAGCGCCUAAACACACUCAAUUAUUCGCUAAGCAAAAGUGAAGUGUUAUCACUGUGUAUGGCUGAAAAGUAUAAAUAAUAAAUAAACAACUCAAUAUUCA